GUCAGACCAAUGAAAUCCCUUUGUCAAUGAGUUAUACCAAUUUUAAUUUGGCAGAAGUUUCAGUGAUAUCCGAUGAAGUGAAUUCAAAUCUGGCAGCUGAGUCUGGUGAAUGUUCUUCUGAUGACUUUGAAGAGAUAUUUAUUGAAAGAAACCAAAAGAAAAGCAAGAGCUAUCAUCAAACUCUUUUGGCACCAAAGAGGGAUUGUGGUCAAGGCUCAUCCAGAGGCUUAGCCAAGCCUAGGUAUGCUGAAAAAACAAUGGUCCCCCUUGUUCUAAAACCAGCUAAGAGGAAAUUGGACAAAGCGGGUGACCAAGUAAGUGCUAAGAGAAAGAAAAAAGCCAAGACACUUGAAAAGGACAAGACUGAAUACCUUCUUCCAGAGAGCAACCUAGCAAGCUGUAUGAACCUUGAACCUUCAGAUAAUGACCACUUUCUGUACUGUGGAGAAUGCAACAAAGAGUUUGAAGGGGACUGUCCUGUGCAUGGACCAUAUAACUUCAUAAAGGGCAAAGAGGUGCCAGAAGGGGACCCCUGUAGAGCUGAUCAUACUCUUCCAGAUGACCUUGAAAUUAAAACCUCAAAGAUAUUUGGAGCUGGUCUUGGAGUAUUUUCAAAAGUUAGACUAGAGUCCAGGAUCAUGUUUGGACCGUAUAGGGGCGAUACCAUCUCUGACAACCAUAAAUCAGGAUAUUGCUGGCAGAUCUAUAAGGAAGGCAAAGCGAGCCACUAUGUGGAUGCCCAGAACAAGGCCACCUCUAACUGGAUGAGAUACAUUAACUGUGCAAUGACAGAGGCAGAUCAGAACCUUGUAGCGUUUCAGUACAAAGGAGGCAUCUAUUACUGCACAUUCAAGCCAGUUUCACCAGAAGAAGAACUGCUUGUCUAUUACGGAGAUGAAUACGCCAGAAAACUUGGCAUCAACAGAGACAAGAACUUGCUCUUCAGACCUAAAUAUGUCAAUGGAGAAGAAAGUGACAUUUUACAAACUGUCAUGGAAAAGCACUUAAAAAAUGCAAAAUUACAGAAGAAGAACAUAGAAAACAAGGAUGAAAAGGAGUACAAUGGUGAGAUGUGGAAUAAUAUUAGUAAUAACAGAAGUCACUUGAAGACACACAUGAGGAUACAUGCUGGAGAGAAACUGUACAAGUGUGGGGUGUGCAGUUAUGAAUGUAACCAGAGUGGUAGCUUAAAGACACACAUGAGGAUACAUACAGGAGAGAAACCGUUCAAGUGUGAGGUGUGUGGUUAUACAUGUAAACAGAGUAGUCACAUGAAGACUCACAUGAAAAUACAUUCAGAAGAGAGAUCGUUCAAGUGUGAGGUGUGUGGUUAUGCAUGUAAACUGAGUAGUUCCUUGAAAACACACAUGAGGAUACAUGCUGGAGAGAAACUGUACAAGUGUGGGGUGUGCAGUUAUGAAUGUAACCAGAGUGGUAGCUUAAAGACACACAUGAGGAUACAUACAGGAGAUAAACCAUACAAGUGUGAGGUGUGUGGUUUUGAAUGUAGCCAAGGUGGUUCCUUGAAGACACACAUGAGGAUACAUACAGGAGAGAAACCGUACAAGUGUGAGGUGUGUGGUUAUACAUUCAACCAGAGUAGUCACAUGAAGACACACAUGAAGAUACAUGCAGAAGGGAGACUGUAUAAGUGUGAGGUGUGUGGUUAUACAUGUAAACAGAGUAGUUCCUUGAAGAGACACAUGAGGAUACAUGCUGGAGAGAGACUGUACAAGUGUGAGGUGUGUGGUUAUGAAUCUAACCGGAGUUUUACCUUGAAGACACACAUGAUGAUACAUACAGGAGAGAAACCGUACAAGUGUGAGGUGUGUGGUUAUACAUGUAAACAGAGUAGUCACAUGAAGACUCACAUGAAAAUACAUUCAGAAGAGAGACCGUUCAAGUGUGAGGUGUGUGGUUAUACAUGUAAACAGAGUAGUUCCUUGAAAACUCACAUGAGGAUACAUUCAGAAGAGAGACUGUACGAGUGUGGGGUGUGUUGUUAUACAUGUAAACUAAGUAGUAACAUGAAGACACACAUGAUGAUACAUACAGGAGAGAAACUGUACAAGUGUGAGGUGUGUGGUUAUGAAUUUAACAAGAGUACUAACUUGAAGAGACACAUGAGGAUACAUACAGGAGAUAGAGUACAAGAGUGAUGUGUGUGGUUAUGAAUUUAACCAGAGUACAAACUUGAAGAGGCACAUGAGGAUACAUACAGGAGAGAGACUGUACAAGUGUGAGGUGUGUAGUAUGCAUUUACCCAGACGGAGUCCUUGAAGAGACACAUGAGGAUACAUGCAGACUAGAGACUAUAAAUCUUUUAGGUGUGUACUUAUGAGUGUAACACGGGUAAUACCUUGAAAAAACACAUGAGGAUACAUUCUGGAGCUGUACACAUAUUGGAGCUAUACACAUAUUGUGUGGUUAUGCAUGUAACCAGAGAGGGAACUUUAAGACACAUAUGAGCAUGCAAACAUGAGAGAGAGCACAAGUGCGGGGUGUGUGGUUAUGCAUGUUACCAGAGUGUUACCUGUAUUUUCCAUCAAACUGUUAUGCUACUGCAGAUGAUUGGUGUGUAAGAUGUUGUUAGUAGUUUGGAAGACACGCAAAAGCAACUUACAAAGUUAGUUAAAGUAAACACUUAAAUAAAAUCAUGACUUUGUGAGUAUAUUUUGGAAAAUAACAUGUAAACAUGUCUUUUUGUUAGGAAUCUUUGUUUUUCAAACCCCUAACUGAGUUAUUGCCCUUGAAAAAGCAUAACAGAUCUCAUUCAGCAAUGGCCUCAUUAUAAAUAGUGUUUGCAUAUUGGAUAAUUGUAAUUAAGACUUCAUACAGACGGGACAUAUGCAUGAGUUAGGUGCACUUGUUAACCAUCUAACUCUUGUUUCAUCUUGUUGACAAUUAUUAUAGGUUGAAUAUGCGUUCCAUGUUUUUUGUGCUAUUGUUUUCUUGUCAGUGUGCUUUUAUAUAUUUUAUAAUUCUGAUAUUCUUGGUUGUCAUGAA